CAACAGGAGAAGACUUGUCCUUCUCCCCAAACAGACUCGCCGCGUCCUUGCUAUCGACACGAUCGGAUCUUUGCUAUGACUAUGAUUUAAUUACCUGGCCCUCGGGCCUGAUCAAUUUGCCUUCGGAUCGAUUGUCAAACACGCCGCCUGCGAUAAGCACAAUGGCGCAACGACAACCUCCUCCUGCGACGCAUGUUUGUGCGGAGGCAGUCUUCAAAAGCACUCCAGGAUCGCCCUGCUAUCCCAGAAUGAAAGCAGGAAUCUCUCACUUCUAAAGUCUCUCUCUCUACAUUUCUAUUCUCUGACUGGCCUGGUGCCUUACUGUCUCUCUCUAUCUCUCUCUUAUUCUCUAUAUAUCAAGCAACGCAACGAUGCUUACUCUCACUCUUUUCUUCUUCUUUUUCUUCUCCUUAUUCUCCAUCUCCACGUCCCUCCCCAGCGACGCCCUAGCCACCCAAACACCAGCCUGUUGGACACAAUGCCUCCUCACCACCCAACCCGCCGAUUGCAAGAGUCCAACUCUCCUCUGUACAUCCCAAUCCAUCUGCAUCCCACAAUGCCACUGCACCAACGAAGCCACCACCACCGCCCUCCUCGCCUGCGCCCGCACAGCCUGCGGUAACGAUCCCGACAUAAAUACAACCCCUCUCCUCGCAUCCAUCGAAUCUCUCUGCAGCCCCGCAGCGUCUAAACCUCUCGCUACGACUACCCUCACUGUGCGCGUUACGCCCUCGCCUAUGCCCUUUCUGCCACCGGGUCUGAUGGCGCCUGCAUCGUUGGCUACGCCCGCGGUGGUGGUGCCUUAUACGAGCGGGAGUGGGAGUAGGAGUACAGGUGGGCGGGCUACGAUGGAGACGGGGAAUUGGAGGGCGAAUGCGACGGCGACGGGUGUGGUGGCGAGUAGUAGUGUGCGUGCGUCGGGGACGGGGUCGGCGACGACGGGUGGAAGUGGGAGUGGGAGCGGAUUCUUUGUGGAUGAGGAUAGUUUGGGGGUUAGGACGAUGGUGGACUUGUGCUGGGGGUGGCUUGGUUUGGGCGUUCUUGUUGGUGUUGUUGGGUGUGGAGUUUUGGGUGGAUAGUAGCUAGUAUGAGCUCUUGAAAUGACG